AUGUCUUCAGACAUACAAACGACUGAGGUUCAUUCGUUGUCAAAUACAAAUUCAACAACGUGUGUCGACAAACGUGUCGACAAUUAUCCGAACGAAAAAAUUGAUCCAGAGGCUCAAAUAAUAGUUAAGAUAGAAGACGCAUUAAAUGUUGAAGCACUAAAAAAUGGUCAAGCUACAGUUCAAUUAAGCAAAAUUGAAUUGAUCAUGGUGAUGAUCGGUUUGUCACUUGGAGUUUUUUUGGCUGCAUUGGAUACAACUAUCGUAUCCACGGCAUUACCAAAAAUCGCUUCAGAAUUUAAUUCUCUGGAUCAAAUUUCUUGGGUUGCCACUUCAUAUUUACUAACAACAACGGCUUUACAACCAACUUAUGGCAAAUUUUCGGAUAUUUUUGGAAGAAAAAUAACAUUCUUAUUUGCAAUUACAAUUUUCGAAAUAGGAAGUUUGCUUUGUGGUCUGGCCCCAAAUAUGGUUUCAUUGAUUAUAUUCCGUGCCAUAGCUGGACUUGGAGGUGGCGGAAUCAUUAGCUUGGUUAUUGUUAUAAUAACAGAUAUCGUCUCAUUUCAAGAUCGCGGAAAAUAUCAAGGAAUGAUUGGAGCUGUUUUUGGUAUCGCCUCAGUGGUGGGUCCAUUACUUGGAGGCGCUUUUACAGAUCACUUAACUUGGAGAUGGGCAUUUUAUAUUAAUAUUCCACUAGGAGCAAUAACAAUUGUCGCAAUAAUAUUUUUGCUUCGUAUUCCACGCCCAAAAGGCUCACUAAUACAAAAAAUUAAACGAAUAGAUUAUCUUGGAACCAUUGUUAUGACGUUUACUAUUAUAGCCUUUUUAUUACCAUUGAGUUGGGGAGGAAAUGAGUACGCAUGGAAUUCUCCCGUAAUUAUUGUACUAUUAAUAGUGGGAUGUGGUGGAAUUUUUUUAUUUGCUUUGGUUGAAGUUAAAUUUGCCAAUGAACCCGUUUCGCCUCCACACUUGUUUAAAAGUGUCAAUAUUGUUGGAACCUUUGGCACGAAUUUCUUUCAAGGAAUGGCAUUUUUUGGUUUGAUUUAUUACAUUCCAGUUUAUUUCCAAGUUAUAAAAGGUGAUAGUGCUACCGCGUCAGGUCUAGAAUUAAUCCCAUACAUUCUUGGUGUGGUAUUAGCGUCAAUAAUAGCCGGUCAAUUUAUGUCACGGACAGAUAUAGCAUCUUAUCGUACGAUAAGUAUAUUAGGUGGAGUAAUGAUCGCAGUUGGAUCAGGAUUACUUACUUUAUGGAACGAAAAUACUGGAAGAGGUGUUCAAAUUGCUUACAUGAUUAUCGCCGGCAUAGGAGUAGGAGUUAUCCUUCAAUCUACAAUGCUUUGUGGACAACAGAUUGUCGAUAAUAAAGAUGUCGCGGUUAUUACUUCUCUUUUAUCCUUCUUUAGAACAAUUGGAGCCGUAUUUGGUAUCGCAAUGAUCGGCACAACAUUCAAAAAUGUUCUUGCUCAUAAUUUGGAUAAACUUUCAUUACCAGCUGAUAUAAAUUUGGUUGUGAGACAAUCCGCUCUUGCAGUUCAUGAAUUGCCCGACGAUAUGAGAAUUCCGGUUAUAGCUGCUUACGUUAAUGCUUUGAGUUCAGCCUAUAUGGUUUUAGUACCAAUGGGGGCAUUAUGUGCUUUGUCUGCAAUGUUUAUUGGAAAUCAUAAACCUAUAAUAAGUGAAAAAGAGACGGUGGUUGUUUUUGAGUAA